AUUCUAUAAAUUAGACCCCCUCCUCUUCCUCCGGCCCGUCGCUGCUGAUUGCAAGGUUCGUACGGCAGGGGGGAGAGAGAGAGAGCGAAGUCGUCCUCCUCCGCGGCUUCCCCAGCUAUUUCUCUCCAUCCCUUUCGUGUCUCCCCUCCGACUUUACUGAAACUUCCAGUCUCACAUUCUGAGAAAAGGGUAUGUGAAGAGGUUUCUAGCAGCAGUACAAUGGAGGUAUUUGGCAAAUCUGUGAUUGCUGAGCCCAGCAAUGUGAUUUUCUUGUCCACAAUUCUUAACACAGAAGGGUCAAACCCUAGUCACAAGUGUGACAAGAGGUGCCAGAAUGAGCACAUAUUUGGAAACAUGUACCGUUGCAAACUGACUGGAACCACUCACAUCUGCGACAAAAACUGUAACCAGAGGAUCCUCUAUGACAACCAUAACUCGCUCUGCCGAGUGAGUGGGCAGUUGUUCCCGCUCUCUCCACUGGAGCAGCAGGCAGUGAGGGGGAUCCGAAGGAAGCAUGAAGUUGACAGCAAUGAGGGGUGCUCCUUUAAGCGCAGGCGUGCACAGCUGCAUCCUUCCCUUUUUGAGAGGUCCUACUCUUCUGUGUCUCCAAUCCCAAGCCAGGUUGGAGAUGGCAUGGACCUGAGCUAGAGCUAAUGAGACUUCCUUUUCUUCGCCAGCCCCCUCAUUCCGUUCUUUCUACCCCUUUUUCCCUUGGAUUGACAGGAUGGAACUAUAAGAGCUUCCUUCUUUGUAGACUUAUGAAGGGAUGUGAGACUUCUUAGAUGCACUAAAUAAAUGUCUAUGUAGUACCAGUUCAGUUUCAUGGGACCUUGUUGUAACUCGUAAACUUUGGUUGAACCGCCUAUUCUGAAUUACGUAGUACUUUCAGAUAAUCGUUCGCUUCUGGUGCUUAAAUUAUUUUAUUGUAGUGUAGUUAUUUUGUUUGCUUUGACUUCCUUAUUAUGUUCUUUUAAUAUUGAUUGCCUGAUGCACUUCAAUAUAAUUGAGCUGUGUAAAUUUGUUUGACGUUGCAAA